AUGGUUGCCGUCAGGAGAAAGAGCACUGAAAAUGGGCCGGCCAACGAGACCUCUCAUCUGGCAAAGAAGCAGAUGACAGAAGCGAUAACUCACCAAGACGAAGUUUGUGUCAAUACCAUCCGAGCUUUUGGUGCGGAUGCUCCGGCAGUUCGUGUUGAUUUCUUACAUUCUUUUGGAAGUGGAAUUGAGACCAUGCGCUUGUCCUUAAUUUACUCCCCUGUUGAGUUGUCUUUGCCUUUCCACAACAACUCUCAUUGCACAUGUAUUUUAAAGUUUCGGAAACUCCACAGCAAAACACCAGGCCAUCCUGAGGUUGGGCACGCACCAGGGAUUGAAGUGACUACUGGCCCUCUAGGCCAGGGCAUUUCAAACUGUGUAGGUUUGGCGAUCGGUGCUCAUCAUCUCGCUGCAAAGUUUAACAAGCCGAAUUUCGAUUUGUUCAAUAACUUUAUUUACUGCAUAUGCGGAGACGGAUGUUUACAGGAAGGCCACUUGGGUUUGGGCCGUCUAAUUGUUCUAUAUGACUCCAAUAGUGUGACGAUAGACGGCGACACAUCGCUGAGCUUCACGGAGAACGUUAUCCAGAGGUUCAACUCCUACGGGUGGCACACGCAAACGGUUAAGGACGGCGAUAGAGAUCUUAGUGCCAUUUUACAGGCUAUUAAAAAGGCGAAGGCUGUGACAGAUAGGCCCUCUCUCAUCGAAAUAAAAACAACAAUAGGGUGGGGAAGUCAGAACGAGGGGACUGAGAAAGUUCAUGGAGCUCCUUUGAGUGCCGACGACAUAAAACAACUCAAGGUGAAGCUGGGGCUCGACCCAAACGAGAGCUUUCAAGUGCCAGAAGAGACGAGGAAGUUCUACGCUGAUGUUGCCGCCCGCAACAAAGCUGAAUACGAAGCGUGGCAGUCUCUUUUCGCUAAGUAUGGGGAAUCGUAUCCCGAUGAAAAGCGAGAAAUAGAAAGGAUGUUUGGCAGAGAAGUAAAGGACCAGGUUGAAGCUGCUCUUCGUGAUAUGGCCAAGGCAGCAGCAGACACCCCGGCCUCUACACGCGUUCUCUCGGGCAAGGCUCUUAAUGCCAUUAAAGACUUCAUGCCAGAGCUUAUCGGUGGUAGUGCGGACCUGACAACGUCAAACGAGACGCGGCUAAAGGGCGAAUCUGUGUUUUCCCCAUCUUCGAAAGUUGGCUCGUAUGCUGACCGUUACAUCCAUUUUGGGGUGAGGGAGCAUGGGAUGGCUGCCAUUUGCAACGGGCUGUAUGCCUAUGGGUGUUUCCGUCCUUUCGGGGCUACGUUCCUGAACUUCGUAACUUACGCCUGGGGGGCGGUGCGGCUAGCUGCCCUUUCGAAGCUUGGCUGUCUAUUCAUAGCCACGCACGACUCUAUUGAACUGGGAGAAGAUGGGCCGACACACCAGGCAGUCGAGGUCAUUCCUCUCUGUAGGGCAUUGCCCAACAUGCUUUGCAUCAGACCAGCAGAUGCGAACGAAGUGGCGGCGGCUUACAUGCUCUGGUUAAGGCAUUCAACGGGUCCUACAGUCAUGUGUUUGUGCCGUGGAAGUAUCCCCCCCAUUGCUGGAAGUUCAGUGGAAAAGGCAUUGAAAGGAGGCUAUAUUGUUUCUGACUUCUCUAGCUCGGGAUUACCCCAAGUAAUAAUUGCUGGCUGCGGCUCGGAGUUGCAGUUUUGCUUAGAGGCGAAGCAGCUUCUGGCGAACUGCGAUGUACGCGUCGUCUCCAUGAUGUGUUGGGAUACAUUCGAACAGCAGCCGGAGGCGUACAAAGAAGAGGUCCUGAUGCAAAAGGAAAGGAAGCAGGGGAAAGUUUUAUGCGUGUAUGUUGAAGCCGCAGCGACCCUAGGCUGGGAUAAGUUCUUUGACGUGCACAUCGGAAUGAAGGGUUUUGGCGCCAGCGCCCCGCGUGCAGAUAUUUGGAAAGCGUUUGGCUUUACCGGCGAGAACGUCGCAAAGAGAGUCAAGGAGGCUCUAAAAAAUUAG